UUACGAACAAUGUGACAUAUUCAACCUUUGCGUCUUUUCUUCGUUUCCACUUCAUCAAAAAUCUAUCUUAAUCCACUGGUAAUUCUGAUUCGAUUUGAUUCCUCUCGGACAUGAAUUCAUCCGACCAAAACAUGAUAUGAGUUUCUUCAGAGAUAUAAUCGAUUCGUUUAGCUCAAUCCUCACCGAAGAACACAAUCAUCGUCACGAAGAAUCUAAUAACGUAUCAUCAUCUUCAUCUGGCUCCUCCAUGAACGUUGUCGAUGGAGCUGCGGUUACAAACGAACGGGUCGCGUAUAAGCUCAAAGGAUACUUCGAAUUGGCGAAAGAGGAGAUCGCUAAAGGCGUUAGAGCAGAAGAGUGGGGUUUACGCGAAGACGCGCUUCUUCAUUACAGAAACGCUCAGAGGAUCAUGACCGAAGCUACCUCCACCCCUUCUCCUUCCUAUAUCACUUCCAAUGAGAAGGAGAAGGUGAGAUCGUAUAGAGAGAAGAUUUCUAAAUGGCAAAGUCAAGUCUCUGAGAGAUUGCAAGCUCUUGGUAAACGUGCAGGUGUUGGAAUGUCUGAGAAUAAGAGAAGUGUAACACCUCCUUCUUCAGCUUCAGCUUCAGUUUACUCGACAGCGUCUAAUAGAAGAGUUUCAUCACCAAAGACUUCUUCACUUCCCAGAGGUGGCGGCGUUGGAAUGGCGAGGAGCCUCCCUAGAGAUGGUACUACUAACAACCCGAAACCUGCGAAUGGAUACGAUGAUAAGUUAGAAGAGAUGAUCAACACAACUAUAGUGGACAGAAGUCCAUCUGUGAAGUGGGAUGAUGUCGCUGGACUUGAUGGAGCUAAACAAGCUUUAUUGGAGAUGGUUAUAUUACCGGCGAAACGAAGAGAUUUGUUCACUGGUCUCCGAAGACCAGCUAGAGGUCUGCUUCUCUUUGGGCCACCUGGAAAUGGAAAAACAAUGCUUGCCAAGGCAGUUGCUUCCGAGUCACAGGCAACAUUCUUCAACGUCUCAGCAUCUUCAUUGACAUCAAAAUGGGUGGGUGAGGCUGAAAAGUUAGUUAAAACGUUGUUCCAAGUUGCCAUAUCCAGACAACCCUCUGUGAUAUUUAUGGAUGAAAUAGAUAGUAUAAUGUCUACAAGGUCGAUCAGUGAGAACGAAGCAAGCAGAAGGUUGAAAUCAGAAUUCCUUAUCCAGUUUGAUGGUGUGACUUCUAAUCCUGAUGAUUUGGUCAUUGUCAUCGGAGCUACAAACAAGCCACAGGAGUUGGAUGAUGCAGUGCUUAGAAGACUGGUAAAGAGAAUCUACGUACCGUUGCCGGAUUCAAACGUCAGAAAGCUUCUUUUUAAAACUAAACUGAAGUGCCAGCCUCACUCUUUAUCCGGUGGCGACAUUGAUAAAAUCGUUAGAGAAACCGAAGGAUACUCAGGAAGUGAUCUACAAGCGUUGUGUGAAGAAGCUGCAAUGAUGCCAAUCAGAGAACUCGGUGCAGAUAUUCUCACCAUCCAAGCAAAUAAAGUGAGACCGCUAAGGUAUGAUGAUUUUAGGAAGUCAAUGGCAGUGAUCAGACCAAGCUUGAGUAAAAGCAAAUGGGAAGAGCUUGAGCGUUGGAACUCUGAGUUUGGCUCUAAUUGAGUUUCUUCUUGCGAGUAAAAAGUGUUUGUUGUCACACUUGUAAAUGUUCAGACCGAUUGUAAUAUGGUGUUUAGCUAAAGAAAAAAAAACAACAAAACAAUCGAAAUGAUUUACAUUACAAUGUUACAGAAAGCAAGAUUGAUAUUUAAAAUGGAUUAUAGA